CCUCCUCACCGGCGCUAAACUCAAUCGAUUGCAGCAUUCACAUCGAUCUGGUAAUGGGGCACUCAAACGUAUGGAAUUCUCAUCCUAAGACCUAUGGGCCUGGCUCACGCACCUGCCGUGUUUGUGGGAAUUCCCAUGGUUUGAUCAGGAAAUACGGCCUUAUGUGCUGCAGGCAGUGUUUCCACAGCAAUGCCAAGGAAAUUGGUUUCAUUAAGUACCGUUAAGCAGUUCUGAAGAUCUGAUUGGAAAAAAGAUGAUUAUAUACGCAAUUGAAAGAGCUUCUAGUGUGUCUUUUUACAUUUCAGUAUGUUAAUGACUUCUUGAUUGUUCUCUUCUCUUAGGCAAUUUUGUUUCGUCAUUGAAUGGUGUUUGGUGGGGAUUUAGAGUAUUAAAGACCAAUUGUUGUUACAAGUAUUGUGAAACAUACCAUGUUUGGUUUAUGUCGGGUAUGAGACCGUGUGACAAUAUAUUUUGUUCUUUUUAAUCGUAACGAGAAUGACCAAGUUACUUUACCGUUUCUAAA